AUAUAAAAUGUAAUUCUUUCACCCAAAGAUUUGUCCAAUAGUUGGAAUCACUUUCAUCACCUCUCUCUUGGCCUAAACUCCCCCAGACAAGAAAUGUCUUUUACCUAUCCACUCCUAUUUUGCACUUCUCUAUGCUUAGCCAACACAUUUGAAUGACUCCUCAGUCCUACUUAUUCUCCAAGCUCGCACUACUCUUUGGUCCCUGUAUUAUCCUUCUGUUUUUUAGACAAUCACACAGCAUUUACACAAACCUUGCCACCACAGAAUCAUAGAACCAUAGAGUUGAAAGAGACCUCGUGGACCAUCCAGUCCAAACCCCUGCCAAGAAGCAGGAAAAUUGCAUUUAAAGUACCCCUGACACCGUAGCUGUUCUUUGUUUUUUUUUUUUACCUUAUUAUGUCAGCGUUUGCUAUCUUUCAUGCACUUUUUUCUUUACUGAAUUAAUGUCACUUCCCAUUUUGACCCUUGAAUCUCAGCCUUCCUAAAUGAUUCUUGCUCUCUUUGCCUUUUCAAUACUCCUUUUUAUAUCAUAUAUAAGACUUCCUUUCCCAGCUAAGUUGCCUUUUCAUUUCCUUCACUGAUGCUUCUGUGAUUACCAACUAUUAUUGACACAGCAUUUUAAAGAAACCAUGACACCACCAUAGUUAAUGGGCAAAUGACAGCCACUUUGCAAUCAAUAUACAACACAAACCAUCUUCUUCAUGACAAUAAAUGCAUCCUUUAAAAAACUUUCUCUCUUUAAAUAAUGCCUGACAUCCUGUUAGUGACUUGCAAUGUAUCCUCCAAACUACUUUUUAAUUGUGGGAUCUCCCCUCACCACCGCAUGGCCAUUCAGUGACCAGUGGAGAUCAGAGGCCACCAGAUAAGUGUUUCCCUAUUGCCAGAUGCAAAAUUAUAAGACAAUCUACUGAGACACCUAAGUUAUGUAAGUAAAUGUCCUGGAGUUAAAAAGAUGGGUUGAAGUGAGAAGGAAAACCUAGCACAGUUCCUCAUGCAGAACAUAUGUGUUAUGUUUCUGCAAUACAGGGUCAUGGCUAGUAUUUUUAGUCUUUAAGGAAGUAUAUGUUUCCUGUUAGGUUUUUUUUCCUUGGGAAAACUACAUUAUGUCUUUGAAGAAAUAUUUUUCAAAUAAGAAUUCUGAAAUUAAUGUGGAGGUUCAAACAAAUAUAAACAGUGUUCUUAAGAAAAACAAAGAUGUGGCAUCUGCUUUUAAGGGCAACAAAAUCUAUUUCCUCAGAUGUGUGAUAAAAGCACAAGCCAUAAUAAAUUGGUUAGUUUUGAAGUUGCCCUGACUCUCUUUGUUGGCUUUGCUGCACUAGAUGAACACAAUUGCUGUGUAGGUUUUGAGGCUGAAUUUUUGCUUAAAUUCUCAAGAAUGAUACUAUAAUGCUGGUGUAUUAAAAACGUGCAAGAUAUUUGAAUUUAUAAAACAUGUACAUUUUGCUGUUUUGAGUUGCUUUUUUUACUAAUUGAUUUUGUUGUUAUCUGCCUUACUGUGUUUCAUGCUUUAUUUUAUCUUGUAAAGUUCUGUCUUCAAUGCUUUUCCUAUCAUAUGCUGACAAUAAGGAAAAUACUGUAAAUUACAGUGUCAGCCUGGGGCCCAUUUCGUUCAGUGAAUGGAGCUUGAUUUUCUCAACAUCAGUUUUAUUUUAUUGCUAUUGUAACUAAUUUGUGUUAAAUCAAUUUCUCUCUCUCCUCCGCCAGCAAAAUGAAUACAUGUCACUAGAAAUAACCAAUCAAAUUGCUAAUUAAAGAUCAAGCACUUAAAUGCAGUCACUGCCCUUUAACCAGCUUUCAAAGGCAUCUGUUAUAUUCUCUUGUCUUUUAAAAAGAAGGAAACUGUAACAUGAAUCAAGGCAAACUAGAAAUCUACAACUGGCAUAGAUUUCUUUUUCUUCUGUUUCCUUCUGAGUAUGAAGUAGAUGCCAUUUAAUAAUAAUAAUACUUUAUGGAAAUGUUAUCUAAAUUCAAAUGCUUUACAUAAAGGUAAAAUAAAACUUUAGGAGGAUCCUUUUAUUCUGUAUAAGAAAGAAGGUAAUAUGAAUGGGAUCCAUGCAUCCCUCCAAAGAAUCCUGUACUUCAAUUCCCAUCUUCUUUACCAUUGGUUACUAUUAAUGGAAACCAGAAUUAAAAUAUGGAAGAUCACUCAUUAGAAAAAUAAGGGUAUUGCAUAUUGUAGGAAAGGGGAACAAACAAAUUUGUUGUUUUAUUAGGAAUUAGAAAUAGUUUGGUUGAAUGCUUAUUUGUCUAUAGUUGUGUAGUAUAAAAUAAAUUUCUUACAGGCAAGAAAAAUCAUAAAUAUUUUCAAAGCCAAAUUUCACAUAUACACAGGUAUACCUAGGAAUAUUUUAUAAAGCAGUACUAAAAUAUGAACAAAUUUAGAUGGGCCCAAGCAAAUCUAGAAGUGCCUGUUUUCUUUUGGAAUAUGUUCAUGCAAAGAGUGUAUAUAAUGUAGCUUUAGACUGGCCUGGGAAAACUCACAAGAUACUGAUAGAUCAUUUCUGUAAAUAUCUUGUCGAAUUCUCCAAUUUUUCACAACUGCCAUUUUCUUAUCAGUUCUGAGUUUUGAUCGGCUGGUUGAUUUGGUCACUUCCAUAUAUGUCCAAGUUUGUUGGAAGGUCUCAAGGAUCCCAAGUUACCUAUAAACCAUUUGCUCUUUCCUUCAUGACUGGGGUGAGGAAUCUGUGGAUGCUGUUGGAUUGUAGAUCCCAAACGCCUUCGCCUUACCUGGUAAGGCUGAAGAGAGUUGACAUUCAGCACUAUUUGGAAGAUCAUAGCUCUUUACCCCUGCUCAUAGGUAUGGCCUAGUUCUCAGUAAUGUACUAUACAGGUCUUUGGGCUGUAGCACUUUGCACUGCAGUGAAGGUUUAUCUGGUUGAAAAUGUUCAUGCCUCCAUCAAAGGAAACUCCUCAUGUAGAAAACUGGUAUGUCAGGGCACUUCAUGUUAGCUCAAUGUUCACAUGUUUGCAUUAUUAAAUUUCCCAGAAUACUUGAGAACAGUAUGACAUUUAAAUCUGAGACACAACAAAAAAAAUUAAAUUUACUAUGCCCAGUACCUUAUGAGUGCUGCUCAGAUUAGCCAAAAGAGACCUAGUAAUGUAAAAAGGGCUCGCUAGGGAACAAUCUGUCUAUCCCUUGUCAUCCCCACCCCCCAAAGCUGAGGUCAUUGUCUUCAUGAAUAUACAUUAACCUAGCUUUAUCCCUUAGACACUAAUUUCCUAUGUGAACUUUUUUAAACACAAAAACACUCUAAUAUAUGAUUACCCUAUCACUACAACUACGGCGGAUCCCAAAAACCACAGUGGUACACUCUGCAGUAGUGCAGCUCAAAAGCCACAGUGAGAACUAGACCAAUUCAAUUAUGACAUCAAAUUUUGUUGACCCAUUAUAAACUAUUGUUCUUAAGAUCCUUUUGCUCCAGUUUGUAUGCUACCGCCUCUCUGUUAAUAAAGAAUUUGUUUCUAAAAUAAAGUGAAGAAAAUAUU